UGGAGCUACAGUGACCGUUUCUAGUGCUCACAGAGAGAGAGAGAGAGAGAGAGAGAGAGAGGCGCUGUGGAUUUGUGGGAGAGUAGGGACAUCAGAGGAUUCUUCGAUCUUCAGAUUCUUACUCGACGAAUCCUUAAUCGCUCACCUGCAGUUGUUCUUAUCCUCCGCUUAUUCCGUCGAGUGCCGUGGCGGCCAAUUUCGGCAACUCUGCGCCACUGAUGAUUUUGAUGGUUAGAUCUUUUAAUGUUCGUCCUCCUCCUUACUCUCCGAAUCCAUUUUCUGUGUUCUUUCCUUUCUGUUUCGUAUAAAAUCAUGUUUCAUUGAGCUCGAUUAUGAUUAUAUCUUGUCUACGGUCAUUUUGACGACGACGACAGUGAUGAUCUUUGCCACGCGCAUCGAAAAUUGAAUUUUGUUUUCCCCAUUUUAGGAAUUGAGUCAUUUGGAUGUGGUUCAAAUGAUAUUUGGUGGUUCUGUUUUUGAAUCUCGUAUUCUCUUGGAAUAUCUGUAUACAAGGUCUCACUGGUUAAUGUUUCUUCUCUUACUUCUGUUCAGUGAUUCUAAAGAGUGAGAUGUUAAAGCAGACUAUAAGAUGGAUUUGAUACUUCAUCCAGUAGUAGCUUAAGAAAUAUUGCGGUUAUGUCAGAGUCUCGUCAAAGGCCUCCUUUUAAGGGCCCGAGAUGGAUUAUCACUUUGGUUGUUCUGGUUACGGUUGUUGUCAUUACCGCAUUCAUAUAUCCUCCGCGGAAUUCUGUGGCUUGCUAUAUGUUUUCUGGUCCUGGAUGUCCUUUAUACCAGCAGUUUUUGUUUGUACCUACUCGGGAAUUGACUGACUCUGAAGCUGCUGCUCAAGUUGUCAUGAAUGAAAUCAUGAACCUACCUCAAUCUAAGACAGCAAAUCCCAAGUUAGCUUUCAUGUUCUUAACUCCAGGGACGCUGCCUUUUGAGCCUCUCUGGGAAAUGUUUUUCCGUGGUCAUGAGAACAAAUUUUCAGUUUAUGUGCAUGCCUCAAAGAAAAGUCCUGUACAUACAAGCAGCUAUUUUGUUGGUCGAGAUAUUCACAGUCACAAGGUUGCUUGGGGUCAGAUAUCAAUGGUUGAUGCAGAAAGAAGGCUAUUAGCUCAUGCUCUCGUUGAUCCUGAUAAUCAACACUUUAUAUUGCUGUCAGAUAGUUGUGUACCGCUAUUCGACUUUAACUAUAUCUAUAACCACUUGAUCUUCGCGAAUCUCAGCUUCAUUGAUUGUUUUGAGGAUCCUGGACCACAUGGAUCUGGUAGGUAUUCACAACAUAUGCUGCCUGAGGUUGAAAAGAAGGAUUUUCGGAAGGGCUCACAGUGGUUUUCAAUGAAGAGGAGACAUGCUAUAGUCGUCAUGGCGGACAGCCUUUACUACACAAAAUUCAAGCUUUACUGUAGGCCAAAUAUGGAAGGACGCAACUGCUAUGCGGACGAGCAUUAUUUUCCAACUCUUUUCAAUAUGAUUGAUCCAGAUGGAAUAGCAAACUGGUCGGUCACACAUGUAGAUUGGUCCGAGGGCAAAUGGCAUCCGAAGCUGUACAAUGCAAGAGACAUCACUCCUUACCUCAUCAGGAAAAUCAAGUCCAUCCAACUUGCUUACCAUGUCACAAGCGAUUUAAAGAAAGUGACGACAGUAAAGCCGUGUCUAUGGAAAGGAGAGCAACGUCCAUGUUACCUAUUUGCUCGGAAGUUUAAUCCUGAAACUCUAGACCGAUUGAUGUAUCUCUUCCCUAACUACACCUCGCUGGUUUGAAAGGCUUAUCGGAUUCUCGAUUGUCCGGUUUGUUCUUUGUUAAGCUCUUACCAAAGCAUACACCUUGUGUGAUAAUUAUUAGGACCAUUCAUAUUGCUGUGAUUCAAAGUUGGGUUUGAGCCUGGCACAGACAAGAACAAGAACUGCUCUGGUGUUUUUUUGGUUUAUGGUUAACAAAACAUUAGCGUGCUAGCAUGCGAGGUCCAUGACAAUUGUUUUAG